GUGGCCAGGGAAUGGGCUGGGCCUCGCAGGGGCGGGGCUAAGGCUGUGUACUUGACUGUGUGGUCUAGGGGACCCCACUCCAGAAGGGCAACCUCUCCUGCGCGGCUGCCUACGCCUCUGCAGGACAGAACGCAGCAUGAGAUGGUCUCUGGGCACCAGCCACAGCCCCGCCUGGACAAGGCUGCUUCUAACAGGCACCCUGCUCACAUUCAGCACCUGCUCUGCCUCGUUGGAGCUGCCCUCCUCUGUGUCUCUGGACCCCUUGACCGAAGGAGCCGAUGCCCACCUGCCAGUCCCCAGAAGCCUGGAUGGGGUUCUUUCCACUUCUUGGUUCCGAGGGCAUGAAGUCCGGCCAGAAGCCAUGAUCUUCUCUGCCGAGGGCCUCCCAGGGCCUGGCCACACUGGCCGGGAGACGCUGGACACCCAGGGCAGCCUGAUCAUCAGAAACGUGACGACUUUAGAUGCGGGCAGCUACACGGUGGUGAUGGAAACCAGCGCGGGGCUCAGGAGUGCGACGGAGCAGAUACAGGUCAAGGCCACCUAUGAUGGGGUGCAGCUGGUGACAUUCCCAGGAAAUAAACAAGGUGUCCUCCGGAGUGAACUCAACUACUCUGUGAUCCUGCAGUGGGCGGCUUUAAUCACACCUGAACCUGUGCUCCGGUGGACCUUCAAUGGGAGACCUCGUGGAACUGGAGAAAGACUGAUUGUCCACAGGUUGUCCAUGAAGGAUCUGGGCACCUACUUAUGCUUGGCCGAGAACAGCCAGGGAGUGUACCUCUCCCAGCCUGUGACUAUCAUGCUGCCACAAGCUGACGUGGAACCCACAGAACCUGCACCCAUCUCUCGGAAUCCCCCGCUCUCCCUGUCAGGAGGAUCUGCCAUUGCUCUUGUCGUGGCCGCAUCUGUGGUAGGCUUGGUGCUGGUUGGAAGCGUGCUCCUCACCGUCAUCCAGAAGCUAAGGUCUGGCUGACAAGAGAUGGGUGAACCAUUUGGGGUAUUUUUCAGUUUAAAUAAAUUGAAUAAAAAUAAAAAUACAAACAAAUGAAUCUAGACAAAAGGAGACAUUACAAGCAGAUCUUAAUCAUGAAUUUUUCCAUGGUAUUAAAAUACUAACAGCUAUGUUGCCAUAUCCAGUCAAAAUAUACCUUUUGUGGAACAUGUGUACAUUUCUGUUCAGUAUAUAAUUAGUAGUGGAAUUUCACAGUUGUAGAAUAUGUAUAUCUUCAGCUUUUAUCUAGCAGUUUUUAUAAAACCAUUUGGGAGCAUCGAUAACUGUUUUCCAAUCAAAUUCGAUGUAUUUUCAGACAGUGGUUUCCACAGUGAAAUACUACGUAGUAGGACUUCCCUGGUGAUCCAGUGGAUAGGACCCUGUGCUUCCAAUGCAGGGGACGUGGGUUCAGUCCCUGGUUGGGGAAUUAAGAGCCCACAUGCCAUUUGGCAUGGCUGAGAACAGGCUCCUGGGCUCUGAAGUCCCUAUUUCCAAUCAUUCUACUGCCCCAUUGCUCCCUCCCUGGAGCCAGUCCCCCCUCCCAUUGCCCCCUCCUAUGUCAGGGGGUUGUCCUUGUGUUCAUGUACAUAAGCUAAAAGCAAGUUACAGAGAGGGCAAGUGAUUUGCCCAAAGUCACACAGCCACAUCCGAUGCCAGCUCAAGUCUGCCCAAUGCCAAAGCCUGUUUCUUAGACUAGCACUGUCCAAGAACACUCUCUGGUGAUGGAAGUGUCUAUAUCUGUACUGUCCACUACAAUAUUAUCCAACACAAGUGGUUAUUGAGCCCUUGAAAUGGAUAUCAUGUAACUGAGGAACUGCAUUUUUAAAUUGAUUUUUAAUUAAUUUUAAUUUAUAUAUCCACCCAUGGCUAAUGGCUAUUGCAUUGGACAGUGCAACCCAAACUCCUAAUUGUUAGAAAAAUAAUAAUAAAUCCCCCAGCAGCCAUAUGUGUAUAUUACUGACUCCAUGGCAGUUCUGGGAUCCUUGCCCUGAUCUAUCCAAGGGUCCAGAUUUGCUCAGAAACCCCUAAUAUUUAACCAGAUCCUUUCCUACCUGAGGCAUCCCACCCUCCCACAUCCCUCUACUAUAAAGGACAAAUGAAUCAUUUCCUGCCUGGGCAGCGGUGAAGACAGCUGGUUCCCUGGGUCUCAGAGUUGACUGCAGCUGCCACUCAGCCACCAGCUAGAGAACAGCUGAGAGUCAUUACGAUAGUCCUCCCUCACUAAAAAUAAAUUGUGCGCAUUUU